AUGAAGAUAGAGGUUAAAGGUAUUUAUCCUGUAUUUGCUUGGAAAUGGGAUAUUCCAAAUGAUAAUCAUUUUAUCCAAAAUAAGGAGAGAGAAUUAGGGAUUGAUUAUUCUUCUGGACACAAUAUGGUAGAUGAAGAUGAAGAUGUAUGUGGUAUAUGUCGAUUUAAUUAUAAUAGAACAUGCCCAAAUUGUAAGGUUCCUGGGAAAAGAUGUCCAUUAGUUGUGGGAAAUUGUUUUCAUAAUUUCCAUGUUCAUUGUAUUUAUAAAUGGCUAGACACAACUACUUCUAAAGGUCUCUGUCCUAUGUGUAGACAAGAAUUUAAAUUAAAAGAAGGAGUUGCAUUAAAUAAAUCUCAAGAAGAUGUUUUUAAAUCCUUAGAACUUAAACAAGCUCGUCAACGAUUCGGGGCGUUUGAUGAAGAUGUUGAUGUGGACUUGAGUGGAUUUAUCAACGAAGAAGAUUAUGGUGUUGUUGGUGAAAGAGAAGUGGGGCAAGGUGCUAAUGGGUCGAAUGAUGGUGGAUUAGCACAGGAUCCAACAAUGGUGGUUAGAUAA